GGUUAAUCAUCGAAUGGCUUAAAACCGAACACAAGUUUGAGCCGAUUUUUAGUAAAGGUCAUAAAGAAGAAGAUUAUAAAGAUGUGCUCACAACGGUAAAAAAAGGCUGGGAAAAUAAUUACGUGAUCGAGAUUACUAACUUAAAUGAAUUAAAUGAAUAUAGUGAGAACAAAGAAAAAAAUUUUGAUGAAUUUAUGAAUGAAGUUGAAAGGUGGUUCGAUGAUGAUGAUGAUGUAAACCGUAAAAUAUUUUCCAUGGCUGAUCUCACUAUAAAUUCAAAGGAUAAUCUUCCUCAAAAGAUAUCAGAUAUAUGGGAUAUACGGCCACGACAAAAGAAAGAUGAUUAUUUUAUGGAUAUGGCGGAAUUCGUUGCAUCAAGAACAAACUGCUUGAGCCGUAGGGUUGGAUGUGUAUUAGUUAAAGACGAUUAUAGAGUAAUUGCAACGGGAUAUAACGGUACACCCACAGGUCUAGAUAAUUGCAUUUAUGGUUGUUGUGAUCAUUGUGCAAAAAUAAAUACCAGAGAAGGAAAGGAUAAUUGUAUAUGCCUACACGCAGAAGUUAAUGCGUUGUUGAUAGUCGGAAUGGAAGCACAAGGAUGCGCAAAAAUAUUAAUUCAAGCGAAAGUUAAAAAAGUUUACUAUAAAGAUCCUUACGGCAAUACAAAUGAUAAGAAAAAGAUUGAAGAAUUAUUCGAUCAAGCUAAAAUAGAUCUAAAGCCGCGUUUUCCACAGACAAAACAAUUUAAAUCAUAUCCUAAAUAUAUGUGGAAUACUGUCAAUUCUC